CGGAAGAAAAGAAAGAGGAAAAGAAAGAAGAGUCUGAAGAAUCUGAUGAUGAUAUGGGUUUUGGAUUAUUUGACUAAAAUUAAUCUGUAAUAAAUAUUUUUCAAAGAU